AAGUAUAAAACAGCAGAGCUGUGUCUGUUCAUCCAGGAGCCUCAGCUCUCCAGUUCAACUCCACAAGACUUGGCAAGACUCGGUUUGAGGGGUGGAAGCUCCAGCAGCGAUGAAGACAACACUUGCAGCCCUGAUACUUUGCCUGGUGGUGCUCAUGGCCUCCGCUUUCCCCUUUGAGAGAAAGGGGGCCUCGCCAAGUGCUGCUGCUGCCAAGGAGAAGCAUGUGCAGUACGCUGCGCGGGACGACGUCAACAUCCUGGCCCACGGCCUGCUGCAGCUGGGCCAGAACCUGAAGGAGCAUGUAGACAAAACCAAAGGCCAGAUGAGGGACAUCUUCACCAAGCUGAAAGCCUUCAACCGCACCACUGCCGAGCUGGGCAAAGAGAGCCAGAGGCAGCAGGUGGAGGGGGAGAGCCUCAGGGCCCGCGCUCGGGACCUGGAGGACAGAGAGGGCCAGCUCCUCAACGUCACGGCCGAGCUGAGGGAGAAGGUGGAGGAGAUGCAGCAGGAGAGAAGGACCAUGAGCGAGAGGAUGAGCCGGCUGGAGGAGAGGGUGGACGGCAUGCUGCAGGGAGCAAGCAGCAGGAACAGCAGCGAUGCACGCAGCAUCCAGCUCAUGCUGGACUCUCAGAACAGACGCAUCGAUGAUCUGGUGGAGCGCAUCAGGCUCCAGCAAGAGAAACUGGACAAGCAGAGCGUUCGCAUCAGGACGCUGCAGAACCAGAUCCAGCAGCCCGGCCUGAGGCCCUCAGCCCGGGGCAGCGGCAGCACCGAGGGCCCCGCGCACAGUGACGCAGAGGAGCAGCGCGACUCGCCGCUCGAAAUGGCCACAGACUGUCAUGAACUGUUCCUGAGAGGAGAGACCACCAGCGGGGUCUACCCCAUCCAACCAACUGACUCUGAGCCCUUUGACGUCUUCUGUGAGAUGACACCUGAUGGUGGAUGGACAGUCAUCCAAAGACGCCAAGAUGGCUCCGUGGACUUUGACCAACUGUGGCAGGCUUACGAAAAAGGCUUUGGCAGCCUGAACGGAGAGUUCUGGUUGGGCUUGGAAAACAUCCAUGCCAUCGCCAAAGAUGGCAGCUAUACCCUCAACAUCAAAUUCUCAGACUGGGGGGAUGACUCAGCAUCUGUCCGCUUCUCGUUUGAACUUGGUGGAAAAGAAACCAACUACUCACUCCUGAUUCAGGAACCUGGUGCCACCGAUACGCUGGAGAGUUCCCUGACCACCGACUCAGCUCUCGCUCUGCCGUUCUCAACCCGGGACCAAGACAAUGACCAGAAAGGUGACAUUAACUGUGCCAAACACCUCUCUGGUGGUUGGUGGUUCAGCAACUGCGGUCGCUCCAACCUAAAUGGGAGAUAUUUCCAGAGCCCUCCUCCCAAACAGAGACACCAAAGGAAGCAAGGCAUCUUCUGGAAGACCUGGAGGGGGCGCUACUAUCCCCUGAAGUCAAGCAUAAUGAUGAUUGCCCCCACCGCCAUCAACAAGUCUUAAAGAGCUGAAAGAGAGAAAGAGGGAAAAAGAAGCAGUCUUGACUGUCCAUUCUUUAUUCGUCGCUGGUUUUUGUGGCAGACACGCCCAACUCUUGGGGUUUUUCUUUGUGAGGGGGAAACCUGACACCAGAGCCACAGUCCUGAAAGUAGAAGGACAAAGUCAGAUGAAAAGACUUUUCUGUGGUUUGUUGUGUGAAAAGACAGAUUCCUUAUUGCUAUGUGAAGCCACAGUCAAUAACUGAGUCCAAAGCCAAAUGUGCAGUGGAACAUUUUUAAUAUGUUUUCCCGAUGAGGUUUCAUCCUGUAAACGUGAGCAAGUCUCGGCCUGUGGACUGAGCUGGGAGUCAUUAUGCAUUUUCCAACAAGCUCGAACGCUUCACUGGGGAUGAGGUGGGUUCAUGCUGAGGUUUGAUAAUUAGCAUCAGGUGCAGAUCUGCUGCUUUUGUGCAGGGCAUUUACACUAGUGACAGGGUGAGUCAGCAAACUCUUAAAACCACAAGCUGUGGACCAAAUGACCAUCGAAAACAUAAACAGCAGAUUUCAGCACGAUGAGGCUGGAGUCUGGUAACGGGGUGAACUGUUGUCAACUAGCUUUACGCUAUAUUAGCAUCAUCGAUAUUACUCACCUUUCCUGCCUUUCUUAACACAUACUAUCUGUUCUAUAGUCAGAAUCGACUGAAAGUCUUCACUGAUUUUUUUUUCCUCUGGAGGGUUUGAUAUUUAGUCAUAUUGACUAGUUCUUCAAUAAAUGGCAUUGUUUUGUACAUAUUUGAAAAAUGACUGUUUUUUAGUAAAGUAUCUGUUUCUGAUCUUUGCCAGUUGACUUAAAAGUUUGUUUUAAAUCUAUUUUUCUUAUUUAAAAACCACAUAUCUGUUAUGUGCUGCUUUCUGUCUGUAAUUUAUAUUGAGGUAUUUUUGGGGGGGAAGGGAAAAGGGAGGGUAGAAGAAAAAUGACUAUUUUGGCCACAUUGAGCCAAUAAAACUGAUUUAAACAAA